AUGUGCGCCCCCGCGGCGCGCCCUGCCUUCACACCUCGGGCCGCGUGUGGUCUCUUGCUUUACGAGACGGCCUGGGCUGCUGAGCACGCGGUCCAGUUUAUGCUGAAGAGGCAUAGUUUUAACUGGGCUGAAGAUUCUGCUCCGAAUCAUUCAGUGAAGAUCACAAUAUGGAGAAGUGAACGCCAGACGAUGUUCAGUCACAAAAUAAUGCAAAGCGUGUCCAUUCUAGAUUCAUCAGUUCAGUGUGCGGCGGCGACGUACGCCCGGAAGCGUCACGGCCGCGUGAAGACCGGAAAUGGCCAGGAUGACCGGAUCCUAUCUCCGCUUGCCUACCUGCCGCCAUGUUGUGACGUCACUCACGCUCCUACUCACAGAUUGCUGAUAGAUUUUGGCAUCAAACAGAACAAUAGCACGUAUAGCCUUACCUUAUAUGAGGAUGUUCCAAACUCAUGUGUGUAUUACGGUGUAUCAUAG